AUGUCCAGCCGGAGGCCGGAGGACCCCGCCCCCGUCCCCCGCCGGAACUGGACGUGGGACCCGGAGCCGAACGGGACCUGGGAGCCGCCGGGGCCCAGCGACUACGAGGACGCCGAGUUCCUGCGGUACCUGUGGCGGGAGUACCUGCGCCCCAAGGACUACGAGUGGGCGCUCAUCGCCGGCUACAUCGUCGUGUUCGUCGUGGCCCUGGUCGGGAACGUCCUGGUGUGCGUGGCGGUGUGGAAGAACCAGCACAUGAGGACCGUCACCAACUACUUCAUCGUCAACCUGUCCCUGGCCGACGUGCUGGUGACCAUCACCUGCCUCCCGGCCACGCUGGUGGUGGACAUCACCGAGACCUGGUUCUUCGGGCAGUCUCUCUGCAAGGUGAUCCCCUACCUACAGACGGUGUCGGUGUCGGUGUCGGUGCUCACGCUGAGCUGCAUCGCCCUGGACCGGUGGUACGCCAUCUGCCACCCACUGAUGUUCAAGAGCACGGCCAAGCGGGCGCGCAACAGCAUCGUGCUCAUCUGGGUGGUGUCGUGCGUGAUCAUGAUCCCGCAGGCCGUGGUCAUGGAGUGCAGCAGCAUGCUCCCGGGCCUGGCCAACAAGACCAUGCUGUUCACCGUGUGCGAUGAGCGCUGGGGCGGUGACAUCUACCCGAGGAUGUACCACACCUGCUUCUUCCUGGUGACCUACAUGGCCCCGCUCUGCCUCAUGGUGCUGGCGUACCUGCAGAUAUUCCGGAAACUGUGGUGCCGACAGAUUCCUGGGGCCUCCUCCGUGGUUCAGAGGAAAUGGAAGCCCCUGCAGCCGUUGCAGGCUCAGCGGCCGGGACACCAGCCCAGGUCCCGGGUCAGCGCCGUGGCCGCCGAAGUAAAGCAGAUCAAAGCCAGGAGGAAAACGGCGCGCAUGCUCAUGGUGGUGCUGCUGGUGUUUGCCGUGUGCUACCUGCCCAUCAGCAUCCUCAACGUGCUGAAAAGGGUCUUUGGGAUGUUCGCCCACACGGAGGACAGAGAGACCGUGUACGCCUGGUUUACCUUCUCACACUGGCUGGUCUAUGCCAACAGUGCUGCCAACCCAAUUAUUUAUAAUUUCCUCAGCGGCAAGUUCCGGGAGGAAUUCAAAGCUGCGUUUUCUUGCUGUUGUCUGGGCAUUGGCCACGGCCAGGAAGACCGGCUGGCCCGGGGUAGGACCAGCACCGAGAGCAGGAAGUCCCUGACCACGCAGAUCAGCAACUUGGAGAACUUGUCCAGACUGUCAGAGCAGGUGCUGCUCACCAGCCUCAGCACGCUGCCGGCCGCCAAUGGGGCGGGCCCACCGCAGGACCGGUAG